UGAAACAGGAAAGCAGAGUUACCCGUGGGGUUGGGUGGGAGGGUGCGGUCUUAGCCACAGAUGGACGUGGCUCACCCCUGGAGCCGGAAAGGUGGGCCCGCAUGAGCCGUCGGCUUGGUGCCAACCGUACGUUACCUAACAUAUUUAUUUUCUCUGCGUUCGUGUCUGAUGGGGCAAGAGGCCUGUCGGGAGUGGCUAUUCGACAGUGUCAGAACAAAACCGAAAGUUAUAAAAGAGAAGAAACAAACACGAAUGCCCCCUGUGAACUUUGCAGAAAGAGGGUUGGCAGCAAACGGAGAACAGAACUGGGGACAGACACCCAGGGGUGCAGCCUGGGAUUGUGGGGCCGACGUGCCCCCUAAAUUCUCUCCAAUCUGGCCUGGCACUCACAGAUCCUGCCCCGCGACUCCCUCCCCGAGAUCAAAGUGAAGGGAGAGUAUUUGAGAGGGGGAGGGCAGAGGCUCUGGCCCUGCCCUAUGCAGCUGGGAGGGGCCGACGGGACUCACUCGUAAAGCUCCAAGCAGGAAGUCUGCAAAGAACCAGACUCAGGCGCAGCGCCCAGGACCUCACGGCAGGGACUUGCCGGUGCCCGGGGGAGCCAUGGCCUGGCCGGUGCUCCUGGGCUGCGUGUGGCUGUGGGCAGGGCCGGCGCUGGCUGAAGUGGGGACGUUUGAUAAGUGCCAAGAUUUUUUCUACAAAAAAACCAGUCCCAGCGGCUUUGCUAAGGCUGACACAGCCAAUAUCUGCCAGCGGUACCAGAACCGGUACCACUUCGCCACCCUCUACAACAAGGCCAACCGCAUCCCGCUCUGGUCGGCCUACACCCUGGAUGGCAGCCGGUGCUCACAGCAAACUAAAAAGCGCAGCAAGUGGUUCGUGGAGCCCCAGCUGUCGGAUCAGAACAAGUCCCCAGACAUGACGACAGAGGCUGAGUCUACACUGAGCAAGGACGAGCUGAGAUCCAGCCAGGCCGUCAACGAGGACUACGAGGACACGUCCUACGACCGGGGACACCUGAACCCCAACGCCUUCCAGUGUGAUGAGAGACGCACGGCCACCUUCACCCUCACCAACGCCGCCCCCAUGGACCCCUGCUUCAACCGCAUCCUCUGGUACCAGCUGGAGAAAGCCCUCAAGGACCAGCUAACUGUGAGGUGCACGUCUGAGGCCAGCACCGCUUACCUUGUCACAGGAACGGUGCCCAAUGGCGAAGUGAAAAUCCCAAAGCAGAGCGAGGACGAGGAAGGGGACCGUAGCCGGCCCUUCAACCAGGUCUCGGUGCCCAGCCACGUCUGGACGGCUGUGUGCUGCGAUCACAGGGACAGCAGCAAAGAAUUCUCCUUGGCCUUCCUAGCCGAGAACCGGGAGGAGUCCAGUCUUCAAAUCAUCCCUGUGGAGGAGCUAAACGCAGAGCUAGCCCGUCUGUACAGAGCUUUGGAGCCCCUCAGCAUCUUUGCAGACGACUGUGGCUCCAAGAAUGAUGAAGUCGAAAAGGUUGCCAUCGCAGUGAGGUCCGCCUUGUACAACACCUUUCAGACCCUCCUGUCCGAAUAUUACUCCCAGCUCCUCCCGGGACGGAAGAGAAGCCGACUGGACAUGGAGACCUCCCGGGUGAUGGGCAGCCAGAACUUGGAUCAGAACAGCUUGGAGCUGGCAAACAUCCGGUUCACGGCGGGUUUUCCCGACUUGUCCGAAUGGCAGAAAAUGUUUACGAAUUUGUACAACCAAGACAACCUAGCCUGCGUCCUGACCCCUCGGGCUGCGGCUCCUGGGCUGGCAAAGGAUUCUGGGACUUCAGACAGAGUGUGCACCCUCCAGGAGCAGAAGCACCUGCCAGGCUCCCGUGUCACCGCCCAGGGGUGGAGCUGCGUGGGGGCGCCCUGUGGGUAUUACAGAUACUCCUACAGCUGGUGUUACACGUCUCACAAGAACCACUGGGAUUACUGCUGCACAAGCAAGUGCUCGGUGAGUCUAAGGUCAGGGCGGUACGAGUGCUCACGAGGACACGGCUCCACCACUUCCUGCUCCCCCCAGUACUCCACGGUGACUGUCUCCAGGACGCCCUGUCGCGCUGACCAUCCCUGUGGCCUUUAUGGGGAAAAGUACUACUGGUGCUACACAGAUUACAUACAGAACUGGGAGUAUUGCUGCUCCCCCCAGCACUACUGCGGGUAUCACACCUACAGCUACCAGUGGUGUUACACCAAGGAUGCAGAGGGGUCCUGGGAGUACUGCACCCCAUAGAGGCCUAUAUGUGGGGCAGGGUGCGUAGAUUGCGAGGGGUCAUCGAGUCCUGUCCCCUGCCCUCAUGGCAGGCCCCAGUACUGUCUAGACCACUGAUUCCCAACCUUUUUCCCAUGGAGGAACCCCUAAAAUAAUUUUUCAUAUCCCAAAGAGCCCCUACCUAUGAAAACGUUUGCUUGGCCGGAAAAAGUUGACAGCAGGAAGCUCAAUUCAAUUACUGCUACAUUUCGGUAUAAAUGUAAAUUACAAAACGGCGCAAAGACUACGCAUCUACAAAAUAGCGAAGUACCGUAACGUGCACUGGACAAGACUAGAAAGGUGCAGAAUUCUGGGAAGCAGAAGGACAGGCACAAUACAACUUAACCUAACCUUAGAUAGGAACUGACCAAAACAAAACAAAGCAGCACUUGGUAGUGUACGAAGAUUACGCCAGUAUUGCCAAUUGCCGGACAAAAAUUCCCGCGAUAUUUCGAGGGAUAUUUGGAAUUGUUCACGGUAUUUCAAAAUUCUUAUUUAUUUAUUCCACAACAAUGGUCCGCAGAACCUUAGUUGUGAAACACUGGUCUAAACCAUCCCAUAAAUAACAGACAUUUAUCUAACCUGCUCUUCAAUAUCUCCAGAGAUGGAGAUUCCACAACCUCCCUGGGCAAUUUAUUCCAGUGUUUGACC